AUCGUUAUCCACUUCCUUCCCUGAACCGAUGUAGUUCAUACAAUUUAACAACUUUACUAGGUACUAGUAAAUUGUUUGUUAUUUUUUUACAGUCACCACUGCACGUACACUAGAGCCGCAGUAUUGUCCAAAUUUGUAUACAUUUCGCGUUCUUCACUUCUUUGACACAAACCACCAGUUCAUCGGAUCGUCGAGCAUCCAGCAGAAGAGCAUUCCGUUUCGAUUAUGGCCCAGUUCUUCGCAUUUCCGGGUCGAGGAAUGGGCCUGGGUGUGGUUCAGAUGCAAUAUCAGAUUCCAAGUCCUUGUGCACCGGUGCAACACUCGCUGAAUCCGAACGCGGUGGAGUUCGUGCCCUCAUAUCGCCAGAGAUCUGAGUUCCCAAGUUCCGAAACCAAAUCGGAGGCCACUUCGACUACCACAUUGCUUCGUCCCGAAAUCGUGGGGGAUGCGCUGGUGGAGAAUCUUGAAAAUGGCUUCCAUCUCAAGCGACAGAUCUACGAGCUCCUCAGCCAACUGGGUGAUGAACAAAUGCCGCUGGAGGAGAUUACAGUGGCUUUGCUGCCCGGAGGUCAUGGCCUCAGCAUGACAUUCAACACCAAACGAUCGAACCAGCAGAUGCAGCCGCUGGAUCCUAAUAGCGCCAUCUUUAACGGACGCCAGAGCCUCAAACUGACUGUCGGCGAUCAGGACAAGUUGGCCAAUAGACCGGAGAGUGUCCUAAUCGCCCAAUUUCUUAGCCGAGUCAAUGACGUUCUCAGCGAGAAGUACGAGUAUGGCGGCGAUGCCUCUGUCUGCCCCAAGUGCACUCUAUGCUGCCGUCGCAGCUACACGGAACUGGAAAUCGAGCACCAGAUCGAGGGAAUCAAGGCCUUUGAGAAGUUUUUUAAUUUCACAGAAUCUACGCGCUACCAAGACUUGGUCUCACACGAGGCCUUCAAGGACCUGUGCCACAAGCUGGGCCUAAUCGUCAGCCGCGAUGAGAUCCACAUCAACCGAGCCUGCAGUGGUGGAGUGACCACAGUGGUCCCUCCUCCGCCAACCUCAACACAGUCCUCUAGUGCAACCGUUUGCAAUUCGCGGUCCAUCGAUGCGAUGGAAACCGAUGUGGAGGCCGAGGCUUAUGCCGGCGAUGAUGAAUCCCAGCCUAAUGGGGGUAAACACAUUUCAAGAGGAAGUGCCGGCACCUCUAAUCCAAAGGAGUGCGUGAGGGGAAAUCUCUACAGGUACGAGGACUCCGAGGGAGCCCAGCUGGUUAACCAGCUGAAUGAAGCUGACCACGAAACUGAGCCAAUGAUGGUCGAUAUCGACUUGGCCUUGAAUGUACCGAGAACCGCGCCGGCCAAAACCGUGAUGGCCACAAGUAUCCCGACCACCUUUCCGCGAGUCUACAAAUCGGCCAAGGCCAAAUGUUCUGCUCGGGGAGUGGGUCCCAGUGGAAAACCGAGCGGAUCACAUGUCCACAGGAACUCAAUGGGCCAGGCCACAUGCUCAACCUUGCCACCAAUGCGGGCUACAAUGGGCGGUGGCCAAUUUCAGAGCGGAUCUACUGGGACUGCCAUCCGUAAGCUCCCAGUGGAAUCGUGCACAUCCGGUGCAGCUCGCAAGCCAAAUCGGCUGAGUAUUGCCAAGUCGGGAUGUGUUUACCAGCAGUCGGGCAACAUGCCACCAGCUGUGGCAGGUCCAGUAGCCAAGCCAGGAAAACCUGGAACCUCUGUACAGAAGCAGCAGUUAAACCAUGUUUGCAAGUCGGUCAAAGGAGCAGUGGCUGGUAGGAAUGGCAUGACCAACUCAAAGCAAACCCAUGGCUCAUCGCAGCGUAUGAUCCCAAGAAGCACCCAAGCUUCAUUGAUGCGCCAAUCAGAGGUCAAGCGGCGCAUGAGUCUGAUGCGCGGCGACAGCGAUUCGGAUCUGCUCUUCAAUGAAUAUCUGUUCAAGUGAUUUGCAGAUGGAUUGCAUGGGUUUGCUGCUUCUUAUUCAAAUACAAAUUUUUCUUUAAACUCAAUAGAGAAAAAGAGUACAUAUAUUUUUGAAUUCAAUAAAAUAUGGUUGUUAAGUAAAA